GCAAAUAUCUUCACUAGUCUUGUUUUCUAAAGUAUCACUAGUGUUUGGAAGUUAUAAGUAUUCUUAACAGUACUCUUUGUUCUUGCAGAGGAUGAAGCACCGUUGACUUUCCAAUAGAAACCUUAUCUGAUGAUGCGAAUGUCUGCACCAAUAAACUUCUACUUAACUAUUUCUGAUAAAAGAAUUAAAAGACAACUUCAAUGUCUACGUUCAGAAAAAGCAAAAUAGACGAACGCGGUUAUUUCAAGCGUUUUGAUUUGUUGCAAUGGCUGGUGCCGUUCGCAAAAAACUUGUUAUUGUAGGAGACGGAGCUUGUGGGAAAACUUGCUUACUCAUAGUUUUUAGCAAGGACCAGUUCCCUGAAGUGUACGUCCCUACUGUUUUCGAGAACUAUGUGGCAGAUAUCGAAGUGGACAACAAGCAAGUUGAAUUAGCUCUUUGGGACACUGCUGGGCAGGAGGACUAUGAUAGAUUACGGCCACUUUCUUAUCCUGACACAGAUGUCAUCCUGAUGUGUUUUAGUAUCGACACUCCCGACAGCUUAGAAAACAUUCCAGAGAAAUGGACACCAGAAGUUCGACAUUUUUGUAGCAAUGUCCCAAUUAUACUGGUUGGUAACAAGAAGGAUUUAAGACACGACGAGGCCACGAAAAAUGAACUGCGCAGGAUGAAGCAGGAGGCUGUCAGAACAGAGGAAGGCCGUGCGAUGGCAGAGCGAAUUGGCGCAUAUGCGUAUCUUGAAUGUUCAGCUAAGACAAAGGAAGGUGUCCGCGAAGUCUUCGAGACAGCUACUAGAGCUGCUCUGCAAUCAAAGAAAACGAAGAAAAGGAGGUGUGAUUUGAUUUGAUUCUCGAACCUUUAAAGAAAUGUGGAUAUGAUUCUCUUCCGGUUUCCAAAACUUCCUACAUUCCCGAAAUUCUGCUUCAGGAUCGUAAAUUGCUACUUUUUAUUAACUGCUUGUUACUUAAACGAUCAUAUUUUGGGUUUAUCAACAAGACAAUCCAUUCCACGGUAAUCUUAACGAUUUGUUUUUAUCUCAUUUCUUGAUACUAUAAUUAAGACACCUUAACCAAUCAAAUUUGUUAUCUUUGUUCUUGAACGUACAUGCAUGUGCUGUUAGAUGUAAUAAAAUGUUUAAAGAACUAAAGGAUUAUCUCCCUAGUCACUAGGAUUUUCAUUACUUCAAGUAUCAGGUUUAUUCUCUGAAUCUAAUUAACUAUGAAGAGAAUACUAGAAAACUUCCGGUUGCCCAAAUUUAUGUUAUGAUCUCAGCAAGUUUGAUUUUGAAAUGCUUUUGCUUACUUACACCUUAAGUAAGAAUUAGCUUGAAUGCUUAUUCGUCGGGAUGCCUGGAUCAAUACGGCUCAUUUAUACGUUUGUGUGGUCUUAUGAAAUAUAACACUGCUAAACCUAUGCUGUUCACUCCUACCAGUAGUGUUUUUACUUGUCAUUGUGCUUGUAUCUUAUUGAUAAACCCCAAUGGAGUUAUAGUUGAGAUUGCUUGGAUAAGUUCUUACAACGAGUUCAACUCAACGUAAUUGGAGCUCGUUUGUUAGGUCGAAAACCUGCGUAUACCAAAGCAAAGGCUCACCAGUCGAUCUUUGUGUAGUAAAUAUAAAGAAAUCGUCGUUUAUGAGAGACUUGUAAUGUCUGUCUUUUAUUAUGUGUCUGAAAGGACCAUCUUGUUUGUAUUGUUGGUAGGUGUUAGUAUACUUUGCACCAAGUCAUAUUGUUCGAGGCAUUAUAUUACUUGACCUUACCAAAGGGUAUAAGACAUGAUGGGACUCUACGACGCCACCUGAUUGCUUGAAAGUCAGUUACCUAACCGAACGAGCCACACUGCUGACUCAAAAUGUGGAUCACUAUAUAAUGAGAUUUCUAAGUCAUCUGAGUUGUAAAUUGAGUAAUAGCUACUAGUUUCAGUCUUUAAGUUUCCAUUUGCAAUUCAAAUUUCUUUGGAAAGAAAUAUGAUUUGGUACUUAGCUGACAGGUGGUUUGAAUGUUGUCUUCACCUGAAUGUAAUUUAUGCUGUUUGUUGUGCUAUGGUUUGUAUUUAUUAGCGUGCUGUAAAAACAUCUGAUGGUCUAGGGCUUACAAGAAAGACCAACCUUCAGUAUGAUGAUACUGUCUUGGUAUGAUAACUUGCAGGCAGAGUAAGCUGCACAUAAUUAGUUAUUGAUGAGUGUCUGUAUGGAGGGAAACCAGUAUCUCUGGAAAAUUUGCAAGGCUCGUGCUAUUCGUCUUCCUUUCCAAAUGGGUCUGGAAACUAUGGAUUCUUAGCAUUAUGUGAGGGAGCUUACCAGUAGACUAUGUCUUUGUGAGCUGUCAAUAUGUUUUUCCCUUACGCCCUCAACCUUUUCCUACUUCCGUCGACAUCCUUUUCCAUAAAGACAAUGUUUCCAACCUCUUCAAUCAAUGAAUCGUCGUCGACUCAUUUCUUAGCUAGCCUUUCCCGCCUUUUCUCGUUUAUCUUAUUGUUUCACUUAAUGUUGAGAUUAAUACAAAGUGAUGUAUACUUCCUGAAAUACAAUCUAUGAAGAUAUCUGUUUGUUCAUUCAAAUUUUUCGUAGACUCUUUCGUUAGGCUUUUCUGGUAUAAUUUCUGGUGCAUGUUCUGUGUCUGAAUAUGAUGUCAUUUAAAUUUGCCAUACACUAAGCGCUUAAAUUACAGCUGUUAGGACAUGGUGUCAAGCUUUGUUCUAUUUAAUUGCAUUCGGAGAACUGCGUAGUCCCGCAAGUCUUCUCAACAGAUGUGACUUGACUUGACACAAGGAAAGAUCCUCUAUCAGGUAACCUGUUUGUGUGAAUUGGUCAAAUUCCUAUUUUGUUCCCCUACUUUAUCUUUUUAAUUUGUGGUUGCUGCUUUUAUGCCUGUAUCUCUACAGUUCUCGACUAUUUAUCCAUAUGUUCAUAUGAUUUGUGGCAACCCGACUUAUUAUUCAGUUAGUGUCGGUGUUUUAACUCUAUAAUUGAUUACAAGUACACCUUAAUGCUGUACACAAAUCAGAAGACUAAAAAUAUGAGAGCAAAAGCUGUAGGUAAAUAAAAUAUUGGAUAAUAUAGAAGCCUCUAUACCACUGUCACCGAUUUCGAACCUUUUUCCCUGUUCUGGUUUACCAAGGAAGCCGAAAUUCACUUAUGUAGUAGGACAACGUAGUUUAUUUAUUUAUUUUCAUGUUUGCAUCCGAUUUCUGAAAAAACUAUCACAUCUAAGUUGUUUAAUACCAAGUGGUCAUCGGGCAUUUAUACGAAUAAAGUCUACUUGGUAAAUGCUUCAAAAGUAUGCAAACCAGAAAUCACACAUUUGUUCCCGGACUUCGACAAAUGACAGAUUACGAGGACUCAGG